AUUACUUUCCCUGGGUCCCUCUAACGUGCAUCGCAAUUACGCGUAAACAGAAUUUCCGAUCCUUUCUAAACCGGCUCAUUAACGGUGCACGGAAAGUGGAAUAUCCAUUUUUGAGUAUUACUUUUUGAAAAAUCAAAAAACACAGGUUCCUGCGUGUUAAGAACAAUCAAGGAAUAAAGAAUUUACACCGGUCGCAUUAACAAAGAUAUAAAUUUUAAUAAUAGAAAAAUAAAAAAAAACUCUUCUUGUGCCAUUCACAUGGGGCAGUGAUUAUACAUACUUUUUCAAGACUUCUCGAUUCGGUGCUGAGUUGACUUCCGUGCCUGACACAAUUUCAAAUAAACCUUUUAGGAGACAACUCAUUUGAAACUGCAGUAUCUGUCUCAAAACGCUAGAUUCAAGCCUAAACGAUCUCGUUACUACACCAACACAUCGAUAAACAAAUAAAGAACGCACACAUUUAGAAAGUACAUAGAUCUUUACAGUAUCCGUCCAAAUUCAAGAUCGAACUCCCUCGUUAAUGCACGCGUACAUUAAUAAACAGAUAAAGAACGCACACAUUUAGAAAGCAAAUAGAUCUCCACAGUAUCCGUCCAAAUUCGAACUCCCUCGUUAACGCACCGUACAUUAAUAAACAAAUAAAGAAGUCCUGAAACACCGAAACACGACCGACCCCGCGACCCAUCCAAAACCGAAAUUGACUCCGAAAAGAAAAAACUCCCCCGGCGGCAGACGAAAUUGAAAAGGGACUCGGAGGACCGCGGUGUUUUCAUCUGCCCGUUUAAUUUCCUUUUAACGAGUUUCGCGGAACGGUCAGUCGAUUGCUGCGCGGUCGGGUCAAGUUUGAAAUUCCAGAUCGUGGGCCGAUUGAUCGCGCGAACGGCGAACGACUCGCCAGUUUCCACACGGCAGCCUUGAGUCGCCGGUUACAUAAUUAAUGCAAAGACGACGGCCAGCGAGCUGGUCUCUCCAAGCUAAGUACAUUCGCCCGUCGACGAUUCGAUGCGUCGCGUUCGAACGCAGACUCUCUGAGAUUUUAUUCUUUCUUUUCUUUCUUUCUUUCUUUCUUUUUUUUUUCAUUUUCCGCCUGGUUUGUCAAUUAUUUUCUCACACCGUCACACCGCGUAUUGGAUCGUUUCGGUCUUUCGAUGCGCGCUGAUCGCGCUCUUCCGUUUUGCGUAACCGGUGCUCCAGUUCGGACGCGAGUUUCGUCGGUGGACAGUGGCCUGGUUGGAAUUUAGCGAGAACCGUGGAAGGAUACAGUACUCCGGUGUGCGUUACGGUCUACUUGCGGGAACCAGAGACGGGCGAAAUUUUGUUCGAAUUAUCGAUCGUGGAGGGGGACGAAGUUCAGCGAAUUUUGGGACAUCGUUCGAUUAUCGUUUUGUGUGAUAGAUUUUAUUUUGCGGUUCGAAUUUUCAUUCUCGUGGAAUAAAUGGUGGUCAGAGUGCUGUGCAUUAGAUACUUGAGAAUUUUAUUUUAAUGACGAACAAAGUUCGAGUGGGGGAUUAUAGUCUUUAGUUGUCGCUGUAAUAAAUCUUAUUUUAUUGCUCGGUGCAUCUUUCUUUCAUUGCUCGAGGAUUUUGUUUGUGUAACAUUCGGAGAGAAAAAGCGACAGUGUAGUGAUUUAUUAUCGAAACUUUUUCGACCGAGCAAUUAAAUUUUUUUAUUGUUCACAGUAACGUGAUUUAUGUUUCGCUGUACCUGAAAUUCAAAUUUUUUAUUCGGCGAACGACGCGUGGAAAAUAGAUUAUUUGAAAAAUUUUACUUGUUUCUGGUGGACAGCGACUGCGGUGAAGAGUUAGAGGCAAUAAACAUGAAGAUCUAAAGGUAGGCCAAGAUGGACGUCGAGGCUGCACUCCUGGAGAACUCUCCGACCCUCUCGACCAUCUCGUCGGAUUGCACGGACACGACGUACUCCGGCCCUGGGUCGCCCUACUCACCGGAGUCGCCGAUCAUCGUCAAGUCCUCCUACAAGAAGACUAAGGAUGACGAGGUCACGCCCAGACCGACUCCCAGGCAUCCGUUGCCGCCCAGGAAGCCCAACUUUCGGAUACGACCGCCCUACCUUAUGAUCUGCAUCAGCAUCGUCGAGAUAGCCGUCCACUGCCUGGGGGAUGAGGUGACCUUGCGCAGGUGGUUGGUCUACGACCCCCGUCAGAGGGUCCAGGGAUGGAGGUUCGCCUCGUACAUGCUCCUGCACUCGAACGCGCUUCACCUUGCACUCAACGUGGUCAUCCAGCUGGUGCUGGCCACUCCGCUCGAGGUGGAGCAGGGUCGAAUGGGGGUGGCUGCGAUCUACCUGUGGGGUGGCGUCUGCGGAGCCCUCGGAGCAUCCCUCCUACAGCCUAGUCUCUUUCUGAUGGGCGCCUCGGCAGGUGUUUACGCGUUGCUUACCAGCCAUCUAGCGCACCUUUACUUGUGCCACGGUGAACUUCGUUACGCCAGCUGGCGUCUGGCCGCCGUGUUGCUUUUGGCCAGCGCAGACGUCGCGUCUCUCCCGAUCCCAGCUCUUCUGGGUUGCGGAAGGGUCGGCUGGGCCGCUCAUGUGGCUGGCGCCCUCGCCGGGCCUCUCCUCGGCCUGGCCGUGUUCCCCAAUCAGAGCAAGAAGGACGCCAGGGGACGAAGAUUCGUCAGGUUCGUCCGUCUCUUGUCGGCCGUCAGCGUGAUGCUGCUGGUGGUGGGCGCCAUCUUCGGCAACAUCUAUCUGAUCGCGCUGCCUCAGCUCAGGAAGCCGUCCUGACAGAGGAUCGAGCUGCUCGUCAAGUUCUGCAGACGGUCCUUCCUCAUCAUCAAGAUCCGGGAGGCCGCUGAGAGCGUUUUCGAGUAGAUUCUCACCUUGGAAUCUCAACGGAAUGGGAAUUCUCGCGAUCCUGGUCAGGAGACGAACAGCGACGAGAGCUCGAAGGCCUGCGGGGCCUCUAAAGGGAGAUUGGAAGCGGUUUGGACCGGAUUUGAAGCUGAGUUUGUCCUGGAGUUUAGACUUUGGACGAACUCGGACGAUCA